CUGAAACACUUCAAUAGAUUUAAAUGUUCUACAAGAGAAGAAAGAAAAAUAGGGACCAUUCUGUACUCUGUUUGAUUAAUCUCUCCACACAACAGCUGACCGCUCCAAGCAAACAAUAGGACCAGAUAUUACACAUCCAAGAACACCUUCGUUGCAGGCAAAACUAUACGUAAAUGGCUGUUGAAGACAAUAAAGACGCCAAGAUGGAGUCAAGCAGCAUUUUAGAGAAACAAGUGAACAGUGACAUUCUAAGGCAGGCAGCUUCCAAGACAUUGUCUGUUGGGAUCACAUCACUGGAAAUCUUCAGGAACAGAGUGUCCAAAAGGGUCAAAAUUUUGGAUGUAAAACUGUCUUUGUCCUACCAGGACAACUUCCAAACUGAAACGGAGAGACUUGAGAAACAGCUUGUGCGGCAUGGAAAGAAAUGGUCAUGGCCACCUCCACAGGGGUCAAGGUCGAUUGCCACUUUCCCUUAUUGUCCGGGAGACAGGGUAAAUUUGAAUGUGGGACUCAUUGUGCACACCACUAAAAAGCAUGGAUUCUUUAGCAAGGAAGUGAUCACAAACCCUGCAGGAAAUGCAACAGAGUGUAUUGUAAUGGCAAAAAAUAAUGGGGUGGGAAUCGGGCUUCCUUUACACACUGUGAUAAAUCAGCAUAUCCGACUCAAUUUUGAUGUGGACGGUUACGGUCAUCACUUAACGAUGAAGCUGAGAUGUGAGUUGUUAGGGGAGUCCAAGGCUAAUCCCUCCCUGUGGCUGCGCCCCUCAACAGCUGACAAGCCAUUCAGAACAUCCUUAUCUUUGUUUGACAUUCUAUCCACCUCUGAAAAUUUUCCAUCGAAGCAAAAAUCAGAGGACUCUGGAAAGACGAGGGGGUACAUUUGUAACAGUCAGAGGUUGGUGAAUUAUUUACGAACAGCUGUAACAGAAUGCUGGUCAUUUCGGCCAUGUUGCUCCAAUCAGGAAAUUCCAUCAGGAAUACAGGUGCGACAGAUCAGCUCCAACAAACCGGUCGCCUGUUUGAUUCCUGUAGUGGAACACAGGGAGUAUAAUGGGAAGCAGCAUUUGAAGCUAGCCUUGUUAGUUGUCGGAAGUCGUGGCCCUUACUGUCUUUGUGCCACCAGGUGGCGCAGUGCAGACAAGUUUGAUUUCAAAAUCCACUACUAUGAGAAAGAUGAAACUUGGGGACAGAGAAUUAAAUGGGCUGCUCGAGACUUCUUGGAUAUCGAUCACAUUAUUACCAACAGCACAGCUCAUCAAUUCUACUUCAAACCCGAGAGGGAGAACCCCCUCAUUGAUAUGUGUGUGGGACUGGCUUUGAAAUUCUUGGUCCGAUGGUCAGACGAAACCAUGCCCUGGAAAAUGGAGGGAGCUCGUGAGUUCUCAGAGGAGGACUUUGACAUGUGCAAUAGCGUUGAGGUAGAGUUGAUGAGGUCUUAUCAUAGAUCACGCACCUCUGUGAACCCAUUAUUUUCCCAGAUUGAGAGUCUCCCAGAUUUCUUAGAAUCUCACAACCUCACAUUGUUUGCUGAUGUUACAGCUAAACUGUCUGACUAUACUAAAGACAUUCCGCCCGAACCAGAAGUCCCAAGAAGCAAGCUGACUCGUAGGGGCAGUGGCAGUAGUUACGGAGAAAGCAACCAUGGUUCUGAACGCUACAUCAAAAAGGAGCAGAAAUAUAGAGGAAGCACAAAGAAAGACUUGAAAAGAGCAGGCAGUGCAAUAGAGACUCGCAAUGAGAGUGAUGGAGAUGAUUUCACGUCAGGAUUUGUUGAAGGUCUUUCAAGUGGCCCAAGGUCAUGUCCAGGCUCAUAUGUGGGGAUUGAGUCUUUGAUUGACUGAGGGGAACUUUUUCUGAUCAGAAUCAUUUGACACUAUAUAUAUAACCAUAAAUUAGAGGAUAAAACGAUUUUAUAGACUGUUUUUAUAAGAUAGAUAAUUAUUUUGCUAAUUAUGUGAUAAACAAAUUUCAGAGAAUUCCAAAGAAAUUAAACAGUCAGCACUGUGUCCGUAUUAUUUCAUCAUUAUUUAAAAUGUGCUAUCAUUAUUAAUGGGAAUGUCAUUUAUGUCAUGUGUGAACUUCAUAGGUUGUCCUACCACACUCAUCUUUCCAUAUAGUUUUUAUUUACAUAAAUUUGAUCAUAUUGGUAUUGUUUGUCUUGUGUUUAUGAAUUAUGUCAGUUAUGCAGAUUUAUAUAUUUUAUUCUGAUUAAUUUGAAGAUACAGAAAAUAAAUAAUGUACUGACAUUUUAGAAUAUUGUAAUGCUAACCAUAUAAUACUUGACUGAAUCACAAAUAUUAGAGUUAUAAAAGUGUAUAUCUGUUCAAAUACUCAGGCAAAUGUUGUCAGUGAUGUAAAUUAGAAUCCAUUUGUAAGUGAGUUUAUGAAAUAAUAGUAUGAGUGAUUGAGUUCAGGGGUUAUGGCCACAUUGACUUGUUUGUAGGUUGUACAUAAAAUUCAUAUGUAUAUUUUGUUUUUGAGUGAUCUUUUUUUUUCAUCAUGUAUAUUAAAAACUUAGUUUAGCUUAAAUUUGUUUAAAGGAAUUAAAGUAACUAUGGAUGAGAUUGAGAAAGCAUUUUUCUUUUCUUAAAUUUUUUCUAGCAAUAAACCUAAGUGCAUUUAUGAAUUUUCGUUUUUCGCAAAGGUAGUCUUGUCAGAAAAUUCUUUUUGAAAAUUGAGUAAACCAUCAAAAUUAAUGUGCGGUAUUUUUAGUUUUACGAGCAGUUCCAGUGAUUUAUCACUAUGUGGACAGUAUUGUCAGUUUGUUUUGCAUAGGUCUCUUCAUACAAAUUCAACAUGUCUGAAUAUCUAAGUAGUAUUGUUUCUAAAAAAUAACUCUUUAACAAACUGGAACUAGGAAGCUGCAAUUUUUUAUGUGAAAAGUUUUCUGAAUGGACUGCCAUUUAAAUUUUAAAUGUACAUUAGGUGAAGCAUUAAUUACCAUGAAGUGCCUGAUACAACUCUUUACAUGUAUUUCACAGAGCUCAUGCAUACACAAAUCCCUUUUGCUAACAAUUUGAUUAUUUAAUCAUCUCACAUUUUUGUCAUAUCUUUGUGUACUGGUAUUUUUACUGUGGAAUUUGAAAUGACAGUGUUUUCAAUAUCUCAUCUUUUUCUAUUUAAAUCAUGUAUUUUUUGCAUUUUUCAUGUUUAGUCCUUUGAUAUGUUUCAGGGCUUUCCUGUCGAGCAAUCUUUUUGGUGCCUACAAUAUAAAGUCUAAAUAUAACUUGCAUAAUUAUAGUUCCGUAAUUAGCUACAUUCUUUUGUCAUUUGAUUUUUAUCUUUCAAAUGAUAAAAUUGAUGCAAAAGCAUAGAAUUCUCUAAAUUUCAUUUUAAAAAAAUUAUUGCGUAUUUAUUACGAGUUGCUUAAUUCAUGAGUAUGAAUAAUAUUGAAACAAUUAAAAUUCCGAAAAUUUUUAAUGUUAUAUUUGUUCAAAUGUUUUUGUGUUGUUCACUUUACCAGAGCUUUCUUACCACAUUAUAGUUUGUUUUUUGUACAGUACUGUAGACGAUGAGUAUAUUAUGUCCCUCUAUGUACAAACAUGUUGAGAUUUCAUCCAUUGUUUAGUUUUAGCUAAAUGUUACUGUGUUCAGUAGAUAAAGCUGUGUGUCACAGAUACAGGCACCUUGUAUCAUCCAUUUUGUUACACCAAGUUACAGCUCAAUAAAAUUACAGAAAUUAUAAUA